AUGGGGUUGUAUCGUCCCAUAGAAUGCGGCAUUGCCGCGCGGUUUUAUGAAAACCCCGAAAUAAUUGCAAAUUUUGAUCCAGUUAGAACAUGGCUUACGAGAAACCACAAAAAAUAUACCCAGGCCGAACCGCCGACUAACAAAAGCCUUGCUGGUCUCUGUUACAACUUACUGAUAUUUCAAGAACAGUAUUUUGGUAAAAACGAUAUGCCUACCAAGUUGCCUUCGAGGCUGUUCGUUGACUUUAAACCUGGUGGUUCUUUGUGCUACAUUUUCCUUGUUUGCCUGAAGUAUCGACAUGAUCAAGGAUGGAGGAAACUGGAUUUCGGGUCCCCGAGGAUAGAUAAAUUUUUGGAAAUGUUUGAUUGUAUCCGGCGCGAAUUGGCCCAUCAACACUUGUGGUCAAACCCAUGUCUAUUUUUGUCUGGCAUUGAGGAGCCAUUACUUGGUCGUGUGCAAGAAAGUAUCCUGCGUCUGGGUGCUUCUGUUGCAAAAUCACCCGAAGAGGCUACGCACAUAAUUCACAAUCCCCCCGAAAGUUGGCCUGGCGACUCUCGCGAGGAUUCUAGUUGCCCUCGUUUCCGUCUCAUCUUUAAAGAAGGUCGAGGUCUCUUAAUUCACUGGCUCUAUUCUCCCGGUUCCUAUGACAAUUGGCACACGAACUUUCCUGUUGAGUGGCCCUCAAGUAUUGAGCCAGAACCCAGAGUACCCGGAGGUACGCCGUGGGAUGUUGACGCCAGGUGGCUUCUUUAUUCGGCUGAGCAUCGCGAGUGGAUGUUGGAGGAAGAUUUUCUGCACAACAGCAGCUCUGCGCGCCCUCGAAAAUCUUAUACUUAUGAGGAAUUCCUGGAGGCCGCAAGCAGUCAACAAACGCAAGCUCCGGCCUCUAGCUGGACGAGUUCGUUCUCUGCCUCGUCUCUCUCUGCGUCUCCACACAUCUCCUCAACCGGUGCCCCAACGACGCCAACCGACCUCAGUCACAAGAAGAAGCGCAAGAGGUCGCCUUCGCCAUCAAGCGAGUCCUACGUGGGCGGCAACAGUAAUUUGUCUGCAAACAGCAAAAAACGACGCCACGGUUCCCUGGUUCCCUCCAAUUCUAAGCACGGGGCGUCUAAGAAGAUCAAAAAAGAAGACUACAUGGAGUUGACACCUGAGGAUCAGAAAGACGAUAACACCAAUGACACGAAUGAUCUCACACGCAAUCUUGACGAUCCUGAGCCCUCGAAUAAGGUGACCCAAGUGGCCCCUGGCACGCCAGUCACCAUGACCUCCAGGAACUCUCGCACUUCCCUGGCUACAGCUGAUCUUAUCGUCACUGGAAGGGCCGUGUACUCUUGGCAGACGACUAAGUCUGUGGUAACAUUGCCUCUGUCAGCCUCUUGCGUUCCCCUAGCUGGCGACCACAUGAAUUCUCCCGCGGCGCCAACCGAUCACACCGGUGGAGGUGAGGGCGAGUCAGUCGACGUGGGUGGUGGCCGCGGCAGCGGCGGUGGUGGUGGUGGUGACCAGAUGGGCGGCGAUCUCAGUGUCAUUGAGCAGGCCCACUGCAUCGUGAUGCCGUCCUACUCGGCCUGGUUCGACUACAACGCCAUCCACGCCAUCGAGAGACGCUCCCUGCCCGAGUUCUUCAACGGCAAGAACAAGAGUAAAACCCCCGAGACGUAUCUUGCCUACCGCAACUUCAUGAUCGACACUUAUCGCCUCAAUCCGCAGGUAAUGCCUCUGUCCGUGUGGGUCGGCCUUGCGCGCAUGUACUUUCUGGAGUACCUAACCUUUACGGCUUGCCGGCGCAAUCUCACGGGUGACGUCUGCAGUGUGCUGCGCGUCCACGCCUUCCUCGAACAGUGGGGUCUCAUAAAUUACCAAGUCGCCGCGCCCCUUCUCUCCACUGGGGCUUCACAGAUGCCCUCGGAAGCAGCCCGGCUGGCUGUUGCCGCUAGUCUCGGUCCGCCCUCCACCGCGCAUUUCAACGUCCUCACCGACAGCGCCAGUGGCCUUCAACCCCUCGGCAGCCAGAAUCAGGCUGCCAUGGCAGCGCUCGCUGAGGAGGCUGCGAAACAACAGAAGGAACAGCCCAUCGAGUCAACCAAAACUGACGGCGAUGGCGAACCCGAGGUUGGUUUGGACGGUCAACCAUCGACAGGGCAGUUGGGACAGAUGCUUCCAUCGGCGACGCCGACGCUUGGUGGUCCUCCGCCUUCAACCGGUGACCCCUUGUUGCGUAGCGACCAAUACCUGACCGCCGGAAACACAGGUGGCAGUGAUGCCGCCGCGACCGGUGGUGCUGCCGGGGACAUUGCAACCAACCAAAUUCUCACGAAAGGAGCCAUGAAGGAUGGCUGGACUGAUCAGGAGACCCUUCUACUUCUCGAGGCCUUAGAGAUGUAUCGUGAUGACUGGAAUAAGGUUGGUUUCGUGCUCCCCUACCACGUCCCGCGUGUUACUGCCGCCGAUGACCAAGCGCCGAUGACGUCUGUUGCCGAGCACGUGGGCAGUCGGACCCAGGACGAGUGCAUUCUGCACUUCCUGCGGCUGCCCAUCGAGGAUGCCUACCUGGAAGGUGACUUCGGCAGCACCGCGAGUGUCUGCUACUCCGCUCUCGCCGAUGCGUCGCACCCCCAGCCGCCCUUCUCCAAGUCCGGCAACCCCAUUCUCUCCACGGUGGCCUUCCUCGCCGCCGUGGUGGACCCGCGCGUCGCCGCGAGCGCCGCGUCCGCGGCACUCAAGGAGUACGCCCAAAUGCGCGAGGAGGUGCCCGCUGGUCUGCUCCACGAACACAAGGCUCGCGUCGAGGCUGCCGUGCGCAUGGGCCGCGAAGUCGACCCGACGAAAUUCGGCCUCGAUGAGCUGGGCAUUGUCAAGCCCGAUGAGAGCAAGAAGACGACCGCCGGCGGGGAUGAACACGUCAAGGAGGAGUCAUCCGAGGCGGCGGAGAAGUCCGUUGAGGACUCCGGCGAUGCCGUGAAGUCGCAAAUGUCGAGUGAAGAUGGCAAAUCCGAAGGCGCCGUUGCGGAGAAGGCCCACGAGGAAAGGCCGAAGGUCGGCGAGGCACCCGAAAAGGAACGGACCCAGUCCGAGGAGGUGCUGGAGGCGAAGCGGAAGAGGGACGCGGGGGAGAAGACCCCUGCCCCCACCAACUGCCUUCCUCCGAACCCCGACAGUCUGGGGACUGCAGCGGCGUGCGCUCUCGCUGCGGCUGCCACGAAGGCGCGCCAUCUUGCCAGCGUCGAGGAGAAGCGAAUCAAGGGUCUGGUUGCUCAGCUCGUGGAAACCCAACUCAAAAAACUCGACAUCAAACUCAAACAGUUCCAGGAACUCGAAGCUAUUCUUGAGCGCGAACAUGAGAUGCUUGAACAGGCACGACAGCAGUUGAUGCAUGAUCGACAGGCCUUCCACAUGGAAGUAAUCAAGACCAUGGAGAAUCAGGCCCGCGCUCUUGUCCAACAACAACAACAGCAACAGCAGCAACAAGUAGUAGUAGCUCAACAUCCCGUUCAGGCGCCGAUGCAGCAGAUGCGUCAGCCCCUGCAACCACAGCAGCAGCAGCAGCAGCAGCAAUUCCGCCCUCCCCUUAUCCAGGCCACACCUCCGCAACUUCGACCCGCGCCUCUCAUGCAGCCGAAGCCUCUAGAGACCGCCCCCACCAUGGUUGGUCCGCCGAAGCUGGCGCAGUCGUCUUUGCCAGUGGUUUCAGCCGAACAGCCUCCUGCUGCUGCUCCGCCGCUUCCGCUGUCCACCGCCGGGAUGCCGGAGGUCACGAGCAAGGGCGACGCGAAGAUGCCUUCCGAUGACGCGGUGACGUCUGCGCCGCCAGUUGAGGACGACACUAAGAUGGAGGAGGCCCAAGCGUCGGUCGAGUCCCAGCGCCCCCAACCUAUGGAUCAGGAUGACGACGAAGGAAACGAGGACGAGAACGACGGAGCCGGUGGAGAGGGCGAUGAGGACGACGGCGAAGACGAGGACGACGAGGAGGAAGAGGACGAUGAAGACGCCUAG